UUUUUUGCAGGGUUAAUCUUCAAUUUCACUUUUUUUUUCUUUCUUUUUUCUUUUUAGUAGUUUCACUCACUUACACUAUCGAGCAAGAUGCUUUUCUCUCGUCCUCUCUUUCAAGCUGCCACCAAGAUCUCCACUGGCCUUGCCGGUAUUCCUGUUCACGCUAACCCUCGUCCUCACUUGAUCCAAACUUACAACAACACACUCGAAGCUUUAUCUCGUCUUCCUACUACAGCUGUUUACAGACAAGCUACUGAAGCUUUCACUCAACAACGUUUAUCUAUCGUCGAAUCAACUGAAGAUAUCCAAGAAAUUGAAUCAAAGAUCAAUGUUGGUCAAAUUGAAGAAGUCAUCAUGCAGGCCGAAGAUGAAUUAAAAAUGGUUGCAAAGAUGGAAGAAUGGAAGGCUUGGGAACCGCUUGAAACCCCUAUUCCUGAAGGUCAAUGGGUUUAUCCUACCAAAGAAUAAUUUAUUUUGACAGCACACAAUGUACAUCUCUCUCUCUCUUUUUAUCACCAUGCAACUUUAUUAAAGAAACAUAAACUAUGUAAUCUAGACAAAA